UACAGAUGGUGGUCACUACUUCUAUUUCUGCUCAGUUAUUCCAUUUUUGCUAAUAUUUUUUUAUGAAUUAAAUAUAAGUAUUUGCAGUCUGCUAUAUUAGCAAAUGCAUUACUUGCUCUGUCUUAAAAGGAGAUAAUAUUUUAGAUGCUUCUAUUAAAAAAACAGAGCCAGCAAAACAUUAUAAGAAGCAUUAAUGUUGAUAAGGGACUUAAAGAGCCUCAUGCAAUGAAACAAGUUGGAAAGAAACCUUUACCACAGUUGAAGAUGUUCCUGUUCAUUGCAGGGGGGUUGGACUAGACAACCUUUGAAGGUCCCUUCCAACCCAAACUACUCUAUCAUUCUGUGAUUUUCUCUCAGUAGCCCCUAAGAAUUCCUACAAGACAUUUUGCUGCAAUGAGGCUAUAAAGAAGUAACUUUACCAGAAACAUGUUACCUAUUUGUUUCAGCAAAUAGCCACGUAGCUAUGCUGGCUGCAGCAUAUUUUUUUUUUUUUUUAAAUUUAGCACCAUAAGAACUGAACAGCACUGAGGACUGACUUCAAAUAACAUUUUGAGUACAAAAUUUGCAAUAUGUAUGAAUACAAAAAGCCAUGACCACCUCUGUCAUUGGUUGGUUUUCCUUACCUUUACCUCAUUAAGCUUUAGAAAAUGUGCUGUUUAGAUAAUGAGAUACACAUUGCAAGGAGUAAGCAGACAAACCAAUCUCCUGGUAACCAAUUUAUAAUCUGAAAGCUAUUUGUGCAAGCCAUUUGGGAAAGAUGAAUAUGAGAUGGCUGGCCUUCGCCCCCUAGUGUUUGCUUAAGAAUUAAUGGAAAACAACCAUAAAAGAAAUAAUAUUUUAAAAAUUAUUUUAUUUUGUAAAACACAACUGGAGAACACAAGUCACGUUUGUCCAAAAUAUUGCAUAAGCAUAAGGGCUCUUUGUGAGGCACCAACUCACAGGUUUUUUUGGUUUGGUUUGUUUUUUUAAACCAAGUAAGAUGAAUCAUAUUUGCUCUGUAGAGAGCAGCUUAAAACCUUGUACUUUUUAAUUGUAUGCACAUAGCAAUAUAAAAGACCAACAUAGUUUGGUUUAAGAACUCAAGCAACUCAAGCAAGAGGCGUCGUCUGGGUUCCAUGAGUGGUUUGCAAUAAUAAGACUCAAUGGAUCUGCAAAAAACUGCUUGGCAGCGCAUUAGAUGUGGAUUAGUUACAUACAAAUGUUGAAAACCAGUUUACUGUUAAGCACUUUGCUGUUUGAGUGGAUGCAAGUGCUGUGCAAAGCUUGUCCUGGCAGAGAGCCUCCGCGCUGAGGAAAAAGUGGCAAGCGGAGCUGGGAUUUCCAAGAAGCUGAGUACAGAAAUGUUCUGCUUGUCACACGGGAAUGAGUACAUGGCGCUCAGUGCUCUACCUUGCGGCUCACAGCUUGAAUAAUAUGGCCAGAAAACAGCUAGCAAAAAUCUAGACAGUGAGGCACUGAGGGGCCAAGCUAAGACACCUGAUAAUACAAGAACAUUGUGGGCAGUCAGCUGGAUGAUGAGAGAAUGAAUGAAAGAAGCAGCAGCCAUUCCCCAUCCCCUGCAGAUCAGAGAUGGAAUGCGAAGGGUUUUUUUAAAGUAUUAUUUCCUAAAGCAUUAUUCAAGCAUAUCCCAGGUCUGAAUUUUCUAGUAUUUCUUAUUGCAAGGUGAUGCAACACCCAAAACAUUAUUAGUAUAAUACGUACCUGAAAUGUAUAUAAAUACAUCUGAUCCUGUCAUAAAAAUAAUCUUCCUUUUUACUUUGCAGACCAUGUUAUUUAAAGGCAAAACAUAGCAACCCUGGCAGGUAAAUUGCCCAGUGUUAUGUGUGAUUGAGUAUCACCUCCCAUUUAGUUUUCUAUAAAAGCCAUUACCUAGUAGUGAUCACAGUGAUAAGGCAGCUUGUCAUCCUUUCCUUCCUUACAGAAAUAAGCACAGCCUCAUGGACCAGCUUGGGAGAUUCAUUCGAUCAGAUGCUAAAGGAAUGUUGGAAAAGAUGCGAUUGUGCUUGACAGAGAAACUGCUGCCACAUUUGGAAGACAGAAGGAAGUAUCAUCAGGAGUUCGCCUCAUCCACUUCAUUUCAUGGAGUGCACAAUAUCGUUCAAACGCGGAGCAAGACUCGCAAAGUGCUGUGGCUGUUAGUAGUCACAGGCUGCCUUACCAUUGUCAUUUGGCAAAUCUGCAGUCGUUUCAUGUACUACUUCAGCUGGCCAACCACAACUACAGUGGUAGUUCAGUAUGUGGAAAAUGUCAAAUUCCCUGCUGUGACUCUUUGCAACUUGAACAGAUUUCAAGCUCAUGCAGUAAGCAACCUCAAAAUAAUUUUUUUAAUUUGGAACAUUGUGUCUGGAGCUCAACACAAAUCUCAUGUGGAAGAGAAAUAUUCUCAAGAGCUACAUGAUUUUCUUCUUGGGAAUCAGAACUUCAGCAUCAAAGAGUUUACAAGAAAAAAUGGGUUUUAUCUGAACAGCAGCACAUUGCUAGAAUGUGAUUUCUUUGGAAAGCCAUGUAACCCACAGGAUUUUGAACAUGUUUUCACUGAAUAUGGAAACUGCUUUACUUUUAAUCACAAUGAUAUUUCAGCAAGAAGAGUGAGUUUGUCUGGAAGAGGUUUGCAUUUGCUUUUUGAUGUCCAACAGGAACAAUUCACUGAUGAACCUGAUCUUGGUUAUACUGAUGCUGGUAUGAUUUUUGUUAUCCAUUCACCCAAAGAGCAUCCACACUUUGAUGGUUUAGGUUUAUUAACACCCGUUGGCAUGCAUGCACAGGUUGCAAUCCGACAGCUGAAGUCAAUUAUUCAAGAAUACCCAUGGGGAGAGUGCAACCCUGAUAUAAAGCUUCAGUACCACAAGACUUACAGUACUAAUGGAUGUUUGCAGGAAUGCAAAGCUCGGUACAUACAGGACUGGUGUGGCUGUUUGCCAUUCAUUCUUCCAGGAAAUGGAACAGAAUGUGAUUUGCUGAAGUUCUACAAUUGUGUUUAUCCAGCAGUCUAUGACAUAGAAAUAAAAGGAUUAUGUACAGUAGGAACUCACAAUUCUACUUGCCCUGUCCCAUGUGAAGAAACAGAUUAUCCUACUACUGUCACCUAUUCAAGUUUUGGAGGAGAAAACGCCAUAAAAUACUUUUCUGAAAAACUGAAGAAAAGCACAGAAUACAUCAGGAAGAACCUUGUGUGUAUUGACAUUAAAUAUAAUGAUCUGAGCUACAAAAUAACACAGCAGCAGAAGGCCUUGACUAUAUCAGAGUUGAUAGCUGAUGUAGGUGGCCAGCUUGGAUUGUUUUGUGGUGCCAGUGUGAUUACAAUUAUAGAACUGUUGGAGUAUAUUUUUACUAACUUCUGUUGGAUGUGCAUCUUCCUUCUAUUGAAAGCUCCUGAAAUGCCCCAAUGGAAUAAUCCAUCCCAGAACCAAGCAACACACAAGGAAAAAAACAUUGGAAUACAAGAAUGUUAGUGGCUUGUAGAAGCAGAAAACUAGCUGUUCCUGCAACUUCCUUUUUAAGAUACAAAGGAGACAGUAAUAUUUUGCAUUUCUCCCUUCCCUGCGCUCCGUAUUCUUCCUGUGUCAUUUAUUGCCUAGAACUGUUUAGCUGUGCUGGUUAUCCUUGAAAAGUGAACUUUGGAAAGCCUCACUCUUUCUCAUGUGAAGAAAUAUGUAAACUUUACCUAAAGCUUUUUUUUAAAGAAUUACCAAUGUUUUAAAGUAACAUAGCAAGCAAUACUGACAUACAAUGCACCUUAACACGUCUGACCCAGUUUUUAUCUUCUGUAUUUUGUGUGAGGAGAAUUAAUACAUGUGCCAAACUAACACAUGUGUCAAGUUCCUAAACUGCCAUAAAGAUGAAACAUUGCCAUGCUGAAAGAGCAGAUUCCUUAUUAAUGAUGAAGAAUAUGGUAGCUUUUCAUUCAGAAUUAGGAGUGUGCCUAAUAACGGUAACUUCUACAGUGAAGUAUCUGUUUGUCUGAAAUGCAUCCAAAAAACAAAUCUCAUGAAUCUGAGAACUACUGCAAAUACAAAACUAGACAAAUAUAGGGCAUUUGAGCAGAUGGCAAGUAGGCUAACAUAGGCUAAGUUCAAUGUUUAACAUCAUGAAAGAUGAUUGUAAAGACUAAAGGCUCCAUCUAAGUCUUACUGUGAGUAAGAAUUUUGUGGCUUUGGUGGUGAAUCAGGCUUGCUCAAAGUUUAUUGCUUUGAAAUAGUUCAGAAAAGUUUCCGUGCUUUCCUACAUCCAUGUGGGCCUAUGAAGCAGUAGUAGUUUAGACUCUUACAUGUUUAAAGACAACUUAGGUGAUUUUUGUUUUUAACUAUGUCUUCACAAACAGUGAAUGUACCUUUAGUACAUUUCUUCCCCUAGAACAAGUCCCUGAAUACAGUUGCAAAUAAACCCACAGUUACCCAAGUCUGCUGCCAGAGUCUAUCAAUCAGAGCGUUUGAUGUGUUUGGAGGUACCAAACAGAACCUGGAUGGAAAACCUUAUGGAAAUAUCGACACAAAACCAUCUUGGACAAGACGUACCCAAGACUAAAUUUAAGACUACAAGAUAAAAUAUUAUCCUGAUUUGAAGCCAAUUUUUAUUCAAUUAACUAUAUAUAACAGCAAGAGACGUCUCUUUAUUUGAAAACUUACAGAAAGUUGUCUCGACUUCUGACUAGCACAAUAUAGACUUUGAUAAUCAAAACAUUUUUACACUAGAAAGCUCACAAAGGCUACAACAUCACACCUUCUGAGCCACUGCUCCCCAGCCAGCAUCAGGGCCCUGCAACCUUCAGUCAACCCAGUCUCCAUGCUCUUAAAUAAUGUCAAUGCUGUGCCUGAAACUCCAGGUGAGCACCAGCCAUAGCCAUGCUCCGCAAUUCCCACUGUUCUUCCAUACCAUCUGCCCAAAUUCAGUGGCUAAAAAUUAGUUAGUUUCUACAAAAGAAGUGUACCUAUUAAGCAGCCAAGUCCUUAAGGUUAGGGAUAAAGUAAUGAAAAUGCUACCACUUGGUCAUCGUUGACAACAACUUCCCUUCAACAUAAGCCCUAGUAUAAGCAAUUUGGGAAACACAGGAAAUGUUUUACUUCCUAGAAAGAGAUGCCUUUAUUCCACUCCUCAGUAACUGUAGGGUUGAGAGACCUUAAAGUUAACUUGGAGAUUUUUGUCUUGCUCUUUUUUAUUGGUCAUUUCUGCUAAGAGUCUUCCCCCUGACUUAACAAGCACAUGCACACUUGGAACAGCAGCUGUACAAAAAGGUCUGUCUAACCCCGGUGUCUGAGGUGUGCGUGGCCAAUGCAGAGGCAGAAUGGAAAGAACAGAACGAACACACUGUAAUAUUUCUCUAAAGACUUCUCCGAGUCUCAAACAGUUGGGAAUCCCCAAGCCAGAAGAAAAGAUGGUUUUGGAAGUAGGAAUCAGGUAUUAUCUGGCUCCUGUAUAAGAAGAAAAGCAGGGGAAAGAUUAAACAUAGUGAUCUAGCACAGCUCAUAUUUCAGAGAUCAAAGUGUUUUGUAGCUAUCAAUCAGAAUUAUUAUUUUCUUUGUUUACUUCUACUAAGAAGGGCUAAAUAAAUUAGUAUUUUAAGUACUAAUAAACAAAAGAAAACUGGUAUUAUUUCUGCUGUGCCAAAAGUUUCAGUGAAAUGAAGCACAGAAUGUGCAACUACAAAAAUAACAUGACUUUUGCUUACUCCACUGACUUUGGGCAAGGAGAGCUGAAAUCACUGCUCAGUUACAGAUUCUUCUAACAUACAUGGCAGAAGGAGCUCUGAAGAAAGCACAAAGACUGGUGUUUUGCCCAGGGUCAGCUGAUUCAGGCAUAUUUUUCCAGCAAUGGCUUGUGACGAGAUUGUAUCAAGCAAUUAAUCCCCCAGCACUGCUAUAUGUAUAUAUAAUAGCAAGUGUGCCGUGCAGCAGAGCAGAAGUAAGGGUGCUUUUGUACUUUGAUGUAUGACUACUGUUCUACUAAGGCAACAGAAUUUUUAAAAAGUUUAAGAAAAUAUUUUAAUUUACUGCAAAAGUAAAGGUGACACAUCU